GGCCUGUGCAUCACUUGUACCAAGAUGGCUGACACUUGUUAGUAGCGUAUUUUUCUUCGAUUUGACGCGUAUUUUGUAAAAAAAGCUACGCUCAGUGCCUUCGCGUAGUGGCGUGCGUGUAUCGCGCGUUUCCGCGAGUCGCGCAUCGCGCUCGGCAACUUAAAAUCGUCGUCCUGGAAUCCUCCGCGGCUUGAACGUCCCUCGGUCGGGAUGCUGUAUGAGUGCAUGAGAGGCGGAAUAAUUGCCCGUCACCAGCCAUGUUCGUCGAGUGUCCUUUUGUUGUGACAAUCGUGAUAUUAUAAUAUUUUCGCGCAACACGGCGCUGCGUCGAAGCAAUCACGCGCGCAUUGACGCAUCUUGUGUGUUUUUUUUUACAAACGAUCGUUUCGUUUCGUCUCGCGUCCCGUCCCGUCUCGUCUUGUCUCGUUUCGUAUUCGCCUCGCCCCGUCUCGCCUCACCUCGCCUCACCUCGUCGCGCCUCGUCCCGUAGGAGCUUCUUGUUAACGCUUACUUGCUGCCACCAAGUAGAUUAAAUGAAAGAGUGAGAAUUAUCACAGGUCGGUAGCAACAGAGGUGAGGCGAGGUGGAGCCCGAAGAAGGGAUGAAUGGAACGGCAGCGCUGCGACGCAGCGUCGGGGCUGGUGCAGGCGUCAUCAGUGGUGGAGCCAUUGAGCCAGCACCCAUCGCCACUCUUGUCGUGUAUAAGGAUGAUGCUGGAUUUGGAAUGAAAGUUUCUGGCGACAAUCCUGUCUAUGUUCAGUCCGUAAAAGAAGGUGGCGCAGCAGCAAGAGCUGGUCUUCAUGCGGGUGACAAGAUAAUUAAGGUGAAUGGUGUCAAUGUGAUGCAGUCUACACAUACCGAUGUAGUCCAACUCAUAAAAUCAUCGACGCAAGUGGUAUUGACGGUGCAGCAGAAGCCAGUGACAGCAAGCGGCGCGGCAGCAGUGGUAGCGACAGCAACGACAGCGACGACAGCUUCUGGAUUGCAAGUCGGAACAGUCGGUUCUGUGAGCCAACUUCAACGUCCAGUUAGUCUAUCAGCAGCUGGAAACAUGUCGCCCUCACAACCGGCCUCUUCUCUUCACAGAGCGUCUACAGCACCAGCGAGUGGUGCUCCGUGUAAUGCUCGAAUCACAGGCCCACAGCCAGUUGAUCUCGAGAAGAAACGGCAGUUAGAAACACAAAGAGUGCACACAUUCCAGCUUAUGUUGGAAAAAGAACAGAGUUAUGUGGACAAGUUACGGAGUGAGUUGGCGAAGACUGGAACUGGUAGUGGCGGCGCCAAUGUUACUGCCGUACAAGCGGAGCUAGCGGGUGCUGAAAGAAGAGUGCGCACUUUGCAGGAACAGCUCACGGCGAUCAGCACGACUAACGAACAGCUUUGCUCAUUGGUAACAAAUACCUCGUGCUCCUCGGGCUAUUACCCAUCUCAAAACACCGGUAGUGGUACUGACGUACCACCCCCACUGCCAUCGCGUAAAUCCUUGUCCAUGCAAAGUCUCUCUCCGCCACCUUUGCCUCCCAGACCUCCACCCGCCAUAAACACGCAAAACACAGCCCAGCCGGAGCUGGAUCGACAUCUGCUGACUCACUUAACGCCCUCAACUGUCAGUCAUGGUAUUCCUAACUCUUUUUCCCAAGAUGCUAAUUUGAGUGCUUCAAGUGCGCUUAAUAAACACCAACGAACAAAAUCAAGUCCGGAGCAAUUGGGAACCACAGCAAUGUCUCCAUCGGAGGCUAGUAGACGUUUGAUUGCCUCUGAAUCGAUGAAUGAUUUGUCGCCUCCAAGACACAUCAGGCAUAGUGAUAUCGAUAUCAACGAAUUACCGCGUAUCACACCACCGGGCACACCGCCGCCACCGUAUCCAGCCCCCGUUCUGGGCCAAGAUAUCUUCUCAUCUACAUUAAACGAUACACUUGCGACUGAUAUCAUUCCGGGAUUACCAGCGUUCCAACAGCCAAUUAUGUCAAUGGAAGAAGACGAUGUCAGCGAUCAAGAAAUCGGUCAAUUAGAAGAUCACGGACCGUUCCAGUCUUUAUCCAAGCUGUGGGGACAUCAUGCGCAUCUCGCUGUAUUUAUUAACUACGUACUAUCUAAUAGUGAUCCUUCUAGCCUGUUAUUUUAUUUAGUAACGGAUUUAUACAAGGAGGGAAAUGCCAAAGAAAUGAGAAAGUGGGCAUACGAGAUUCAUUCUAGUUUUCUAGUACCUGGUGCGCCAUUGCGUCUGCAUAAUGUAGAUGAAAAUGUCGCUAAUGAGAUAGAUGACGUUCUCGUGAAAGAAUUCGAUAAAGAAGAAAUUCUCAGGAAGAUAUUCUGGAAGGCACGUACUAGAGCGAAGGAAGAAUUGAAUGAACAGUUGACGCAUUUCCAGCAGAAAAGAACCGCAGGGUUGUCCACGAUUUUUGGCCCUACUGACAUUUCACUUGAUGAGAGCAUUUCUGACAAAGCGCGUGAAACAAAAAUUAUCGAGACGUAUCUUCUACCGAAGAUGGAACCUUAUUUAGAGGAUAUAGAGAAAGAACAAGUGGAUUUGCGAUUGUUCACAACGGCAGCUGGUCUAGCUACGAUAUUAAUAAAGAUCUUCCAAUUGCGACCGGUAUGGGCAGAUCGAGUGCCUACUUUUGUCGCGAAAGACAAAUCCAACAUUAAAGCACGACUGCUUACUGGAAAAACGCGCAAAAUGACAAUCAGAGGACAUCAUUUUGUGGCGCAUCAAUACUUCACGAUAACUUAUUGCAAUCAUUGUCAGCUUAUUAUCGGUGGCAUUGGUCCUCAAGGAUAUUUAUGCAGUGAUUGUUCCCUCAGUGUACAUCGACAGUGUGUUCGUGUGGUAGAAGAAAAUUGCCCGGGACCUUUGGUGCGAAAGGAAAGAGCUAAUGAUAGAAUUAGUAAAUUGAUGGAGCGUAUUCGACCGGAGAGGAAGCCUCCGUCGUCCCACCAUCAUCAUCAUUCCCAGAACCAUAUAUUACACUUCGACAAAAUCAAAAGAAGCGAAGACGAUUCCGGCACACUAACGGAUGGAGAAAAUGGAGAACAACGCGCGGCCGGAAAUGCUCGCAGCAGUUGCGAGAGAGCACGAAUUUCCGGUUUAGGAGGAACCGGUGAUCAUGCCGAUAAUAUGGACAAUCCUUCGUCGCGAGAAGAUAUUUCCGAAAUGGUCCAGCAAAAUAUUUCCAGUAAGCCAAAGACGUCAAACAUCAACAGGUCUGAAAGUUACAAGGAGCGGAUACAUCAUAAGCGGCAACUGAGAGAGAAAAGGAAGACCAGCGAUCCGAAUCUUUCCAAAACAAAAGUCGGUUCCAGCGACUGCGAGCCUUCCGGCACGUUCCCCGGGAACUCUGCUGGCAGUUCAUCGAACAGCAGCCUGUCGACGAGGAGUCUGGACAGCCCCAGUACUAGCCUGGAACAGGUGCAUCCCACCACAUCGGCGGCGAACGCGUCAACUUCGUGGGACAGCGAUGUCGAUGUCGAGGCUGAUCCACCGGAUUGGAGCCAGGCUGUCGCUGAAGACGUUCUCGCGCAGCUCAGCAAUUCCGAGAAAAAGAGACAGGAAGUUAUUAACGAACUAUUUCACACCGAACGCUCUCACGUUCGCGCAUUGAAAGUGCUUUCGCACGUUUUCCACAAGCCUUUGUUGGAUUCUCAAGUGCUGCCAUUAGAUCAGAUUCAGCUGCUUUUCUCGAAUCUAGACGAGAUGUUGAUGAUCCAUUCGCGUUUUAACCAAUCGAUGAAGCGAAAGAAGAAGGAAAAUCCGUGCGUGGGUGAUGUGGGCGAACUCCUGCUGGAGAUGUUCGACGGCGAGGCCGGUGAAGCGUUCGAAAGGGCCGCGUCGAUUUACUGCGCUAAGCAGCAGGUCGCUCUGGAUGCUCUACGCGAUCGUCGACGCAAGGAUUCCAAGCUGAACGCCUUCCUAAACGAAAUAGAGGCAAAUCCGCUGUGUCGCCGGCUGCAGUUGAAGGAUCACAUACUCACUGGCAUGCUGCGGCUCACCAAAUAUCCGUUACUUUUCGAGAAUCUCGCCAAGUACACGCCGGAAAGUAACGAGAAGGAGAAGGCAGCCGUGCUUCGUAGCCUGGAACGCAGCAAGGAAAUUCUAAGUCGCGUGAAUCAAGCGGUAAAAGAAGCCGAGGACCACCAACGACUGACUGAGAUCCAACGGACGAUCGAUCGAUCGGCCUUUGACAAAUUUGACCAUCCGACCGUGCAGGAGUUUAAGAACCUUGAUAUCACGAAACGCAAGCUGAUUUACGAGGGGCCGCUUCAGUGGCGGCGCACCGAACCGAAUCGAUCGAUGCCGAAUCGUUCGGUGCCGAAACCAGUGGAUCUGCACGUGGUGCUACUCGACGACACAAUCUUCUUCCUGCAUCGGCAGGACGACAAGUAUCUGCUUAAGUUCAUCAAUACGACUAAUCAGGCGGGCAAUUCCGUACUCAGCCCGAUCGUCAAGUUGUCCACCGUACUGGUGCGUCAUAAUGCCGCCGAGAAGGAUUCUCUUUAUUUGGUCAACACUUCGCAGAACGGCGCGCAGAUGUACAAUCUAGUGGCGCCGUCCUCUGCGGAGCGCAAAAGCUGGUGUAAGCACAUCUCCGAGGCUGUGGAUGCUUACAAGACGCGCGAUCGCCAAGGCAGAAGACCAACACCGUCCACCACGCUUCCGGAGGAGCCAACGGAAGACGCAUCGCCCUCCGCGACGGAAGUGCCGGACAACACGACUGCUGAGAAAGAUCAGUCGCAGGAUAGAGAAUCGAGGGAACAUGAGCAAAAUACUACGCAGGAGCAUGACGAGGAGAAACCGGAAGCCACCGCUCCCACGACUGAACAAACGCAACAGCGGUCGACUGUGCAACAGCAGGCGGCUGAAUCGCCAACGACAGGUAUGACAGAGCCGCUACGAAUGGUCACGUGCACUCAGCUCUCAUUGAUAGAUCCAUUAGAAGUUCACGUGGAGGUACCACCAGUGCAUGUUGCAGAACCGGUUUUUACACCAAUAGAAUAUCUCAGACGUAAGGACGAAAUAAUCAAACAGGCUCUGCUUGAGAAACAGUUACUGGUGGCGGAUAUAUUAAAUAUUCCUAAAGAAGACUUCGAGCACGUCGCAGACAUAGCAUCUGAACCAUCCUCUGCAGAAAAAGAACCUACUGAACUCAUACUCGCUUCUAUCAGCCAAACGGAUCAGCUAGUGAGCAUGUUGAACUCUGCACUAAACGUGAGCGAAAUAGAGACGGUAUUCGCGUCGCGUGGGGCAUCGGCAUUAUCAUCUUCUGCGUGCGAAGCUACCGGUUGCCCAUCUUUACGAAACCAUUCACAUCCUCAACAAUCAGUCAUGGGAAUGAUGCAGCCGAUUUGUAAUUACCUCACAUCCCAGCUCUCACAACUGUCACAACUCCUGGAAAUUAUAAAAAAGAGAGAGGAGGAGCGGGAGAGGUUACGGAAAGAAUUGCGUAGAAGUAGAGAACGUAUUCACGCACUUGAUACCGACGUACAACGCCGUGAAUUCUCGGAAGUGAUAUCUACGACAACUUACACACAAACAACACUCGAUGACAUUGUGCAUCAAGACAGCUACACCGAUGACCUUACUCGUGAUGAGUUUGUCGAUGCACGCGGAGAAGCAGCAGAUACAGACGCGGAAAACCUUGAACUUAAGGCGGAAACCGAAGUAAUGGGCGACAGCGUCGGCUGAAGCACGGCUGAAAAAAGUUUCAUCGAUCAUAUCCUUGAUUUGGUGCAUUUCACGAGCGGUGCUGGAACGCUCCCGCAUAACGGGAGAAAUCAAAAUUAUUUGUAAAAAACUGAAAAACAGACGACGCAUAGACGUGUGUAAGACACGAGAGUAAUUCUUUACUGCGGACGAUAAUAUUACAUGCAUACAGGAGAAAGGAGCAAAAGUCAUUAGCUGUUUUAUUUAUUUGAUAAUUCUUGUAAAACUGGAAUUUAACAGUGGCAUUAUAAAUGAUGUUACUUCUUUUAAUUAAUGAGAAUUUAGUGCAUUAUUAAAAUAUAAUAUGAUUCUGAGAUCUUUGCUAUUCACAGAUUUUUUUCCUUAACAAUAUUUUUCUAUUUUUCUCUGCAAAACACGAGGAUAAACGUCGCCUAUUGUGCAAUGUAAUUUUUUAAAACAUUUUUUGCUUGGUCAUAUAUAAAGAUAAUCUUGCGAAAGAAAGUUUACUGAUAUAUCGGACAAUAUAUUAGUUUAAUAUUUUAUUUAUAUAUAUAUAUAUUAUUCAAUUUUAGUUACUAUAAAUCAAUGGAUAAUAUAAUAAUAUAAUCAUUGGUAUCAUGUUUCAUAAAUGGAUUGGAUUGUAUAAGUAAUAAAUGCCCAUUAAAAUAUUUUAUAUUUAUUUCUUUAUACACAAUUUUUUAUUUUGUCAAAUUUUUUAAAAGUUUCUAUCAAAAUAAAACAGCUGAUAAUUUUUUCUUUAUUCUUGUAUUUACCAAAAUAUGGAUCAAUGAUUAACAUCUUUGCCAAAGAUUUUAUGUAAAUGGAUUUACAUAAUCUAUACUAAUCCUUCAAACGCAACUUUUUGUACAUCGCGUUAUUUUGCGAAUCGAGUCCUGUAUAUUACUGUUAUUAUUAUUACUUAAGAAGCCCGGUUUACAUGCGAAUAACGUAAUUAUGCACGAAAAACUUGUAGAAAUGUGCACUUUAAUAUGAUUAUUAUUAAUUACCUUUUUUAAUUUCUUUAAAUUUUUCGUGCAUAUAUCGAUACAACAGCGUGUAAAGCAGUGUUGGUGCUGGGCUCUAUUAUUUAAAAAAACAGUAACGUGAAGAAAAUUAUGAUAGUUCGAACUUUUAAUCUUCCAUAUCAGAAGAAUGGAGACAUGCCUUUACGAAGCAACAAGAAUACGGUUUUUUCACUUUCUUAUAAACUUGUGCAUUAAAGAGCUACUAUUUACAAGUGAUAAUGAUAAGAUGCAUUUUCACAUUUGAUAUCGACGCAGAACAUUUACAAGAAAACUUCUUGAACUUGAUAAAAAAACAUCUCAGGUCGAUUAACUUGUAAUCCAUAUACAGAUCUCUGGAUUAAAAUUUUGCACAAAUUAUAGCUUCCAAGACUUUAUUCGUAUCGGAGCGUUUAAACAUGGAAAUUUUUCCAGCGUCUUAAGAUUCUAUGGAUUCUAGACUGCUUUCUCUAAAAAUUUAGAAGUUAUACAUAUUAAGGACACAAGAAUCCUAGGAUAUAAGAAUCCAAGAAUCUAAGAAUAUAAAUAUACCAUUUUUUAUGAAGUAGACGGUAGUUUAUGUACUUAAAAUAAAUUUGAUAUACAUACCAUACACAUACACACACACACACACACAUAUAUAUAUAUACAUACACACACACACACACACACACAUACAUGACAUUCAACAUAUACACUCACAUAUAUUCAGAUUCAUGCAGAUGUCUCAAAACAUAUGCUACCAUAAUAUUUGAUUUAUUUUACGAUUUUAAUAAAUCGUUUCUUUAAAUAAAACUUCAGCUUAAAGCAAUUUCCAUUUGUAUAAAAUAAAUGAUUUUGUAACUGAAGGACAAAGUUUCACGAUUUAAAAAUACCUGCACGUCUUCAAAUUUGAGAAUUGUAAACUACGAAUAAUUUGAAAUCUUAAAAUACUGAAGAUUCAAGAGAAUGUGUAAAUUAAACAUUUGAGAAUCUAAUAAUUUGGAAAAUCACAAUUUAAGAUUUUCGAAUGCAAAAGAUUAAGCAGCGAAUUAAAUCUACACUGAUAUUUUGACUUUGAAUAAUUUAAUUGAAUUAUGAAGUAUGCUAUUUACACAUACACAGAUAUAUUCGGAUAUCCUUUAUAUGAAUGAAUUUACUGUUAUAUAGAGAAAUACGUACAAGAAAAAAUUUUUUUGUAAUAUAUAUAUUCAUAUAUAUAUAUAUAUGAAAAUCUAUGUUAACAGUAUUGUUCCUUUGUGGAAAUUUGACAAGAUUAUUUUGAAUACAAGAGGUACUUUAAGGGUCGGCUAUUACUGAUUAACUUGAAUUAUGACGUUAAGCGAAAAGAUGUAUGCAAAUAAUUCUUGCAUUAUGUAUUCAUGUAAAUGCUAUUAAAAAACCAUUUUGAUUAAAUAAUUAAAGAUAAUUUGAUUCUGUGUUUUUAUGUAACUAUUUGGAGCGAUACAAAUCUACUGCAUUUUUAAGAUCUGGAAUUCAUGAAAUUAAAAUAGUUUUAUUAACACAAUCAUUUAGGGAAUCUAAACCGCAAGAAUAGUCUGCGCGUUCGUAACUUCCUCGCUCAUGUUGUCAUAAUUUAAGUUAACGGACGUAAUUAUGCUUGAAUCUUAGAAUAACAUAUACAUGCUAGUAAAUUUUGAAUAAGAACACAAUAUUAUUAGCGACAAUCAGAGAAAUGAAUAAAACUUUAAAAAUAAAAUUUAAAAUUAUUAGCAUGCCAAGAUUAAAAAUAUUCUUUAUUGUUAUUUUUCUUUCUUUUCUUUGUUAUGUAAAUUGGGCGAUAUAUAUAAAAAGGACUCAUCUACUUACAUAAAAUCUUUGUUACAAUGAAACAAUAAUUCCUAAUGGCGAGACACGAGAACCAUUACAAAUGCGAUGCUAUUGUAUAUGUAUAAAAUAUUUAAUAACAUUAUUAGUUGAUAUAUCAUUA